AUGUCCUUGAAACUACCUCAGAAACGCUACUUUCGCCAACGUGCUCAUGCUAACCCGUUUUCGGACCACCAUCUUGACUAUCCAAAAAGUCCCGCUCAUAUAGACUGGUCGUUACAUUAUCCCGCCUUCUUUAAGUCUCAAACUCCAAUCCACGCUGAAGAGUCUACGUCGUCUUCUGUUCAGGAAGAGACGAAACAAACAAUUUCUAUUUCUGAGUCUCCGAUAAAAGCACAACGAAGAGUAGAAUUUGCUGAUCUUGGAUGUGGAUACGGUGGAUUAUUGGUCGCAUUAUCUACUUUAUAUCCUGAUACGUUAAUGUUGGGUAAUAUAAGAGUGAAAGUAGAAGAAUAUGUUCGUGAAAAAAUUCGUGCAUUACGCUUACAACAUCCUGGACAAUAUCAAAAUAUUUCAAUUAUGCGAAUGAACGCGAUGAAGUUUUUACCGAAUUUUUUUGAGAAAGGACAAUUAUCAAAAAUGUUUUUCUUAUUUCCAGACCCACAUUUCAAAACGCGUAAACACAAAGCACGGAUCAUCACAACACAGCUUUUAGCUGAAUACGCGUAUGUGCUUCGUGUUGGUGGGAUAAUAUACACAAUAACUGAUGUCAAAGAUUUACAUGAAUGGAUGGUGAGACAUUUAAAUGAGCACCCGUUAUUUCAACGGAUACCUGAUGAAGAAACUAAUAAAGAUCCGGUGGUAUUUCACGUAAGUACAUCAACAGAAGAAGGAAAAAAAGUGGAGCGUAAUAAUGGGGAAAAAUUUUUAGCCUGUUAUGUGCGAGUAGAAGAUCCUUAUCAUGCGCAAGAGAAUUCUUGA